AUGAAAGCUUCGGGGAAACUAGCUCAGGUGGUAGAGCUGAAGUUUGUGAAUCGGCAAUGGAGAUUGAAAGGAAUAAAAGAGGCAGAUUGGAUGUAAGGAAUAAGGCGGAUGAGUUAGGGAAGAGCGAAGUAAAAGGAAAAGAGGUAAAUGUGAAAAACGAUGUUGAUGAUGAGGUAAUGAAUCAAGUGGGAAAUGAUUAUGCAAAUGAUAAAAAGAAAACGAAGAUUAGUGAAAGUCUUGCUGGAGAACUUGUGGAAAAUUAUGCGGAUUUGGGAAUUGGUUGUACAAAUUAUGUUGGAGAAUAG